AUGAAGAAACUGUGGCCCGUUGCAAUUAUGAUUUUAUUUAACAUAUUUUGCGGAAGACAGAAGUGUACCUCCGUUGUUAAAGAAACUCGAGCUGAAAAAGCAGGUAUCCUGGCUUGGCAUGAGAAGAAUGGACGCAAUGGCCAAAAGGCUGUUUGGGGGCCAACAAUACGAGACACGGUCAAAACCUUGAUAAAGCCUUACACACCAGGUGAUUCUGAUUUUGGUCUACUGCUGAACACGUCAGGUUGUACUAUACCAGACUUCACAAAGUCCUUGAUGUUCAUAGACGCUGUAAAUGCGAAAAAGAGAUGCCAAAACCGUAUUGUGUUUGUUGAAAAAGUACAUGAGAAUAACAUUAAGUUUCGUAUAGCGCGCAAGAAGAAGACGGGUGAAUUCUCUUGCUGUUACAAAUUUGCCUCCAGGUCUACUGCAAGAGGGAGAGAAGACGAUGAUAUCACUUUUACACAGUGUAAAGUAUUUGCGGAUGGAGAUAUUGUAACUUUAGAAACUGAAGCUUUGGUAGUAAACUGCAUCCAACAAUUGAACGGCAAAACGAUUUUCACUUACGAAGAUUCAUAUUUAAUAUUCAAAAAGGUGGAGAGACCUAAAACGGUGGAACAGAAAUGGAAUGUUCUUGUGUUUGGGUUAGACACGAUGUCGCGCGCCAGGGCAUACUACAGUCUCCCUAAAACUGUGGAGCUGCUGGCUGAAGAGGACUGGCUGGACUACCACGGAUAUAACAAGGUCCACGACAAAUCAUUUCGCAACUUGAUGGCGUUGCUGUCGGGAAUACCGCAGUCUUCACUCCAGCAGUACAGUCACAACGUGGAAAAAUGCCAGGACUCCAUGAUAUGGACGAAGUAUAAGGAGGCAGGGUAUGUGACGGCUUUUGUAGCUGACUGUGCUCACGCGCACGUCAUUAACAGCAACAGUAACAGAUAUUCCAAGCCACCUACGGACCACUACACCAAAUACUUCUACCACACAGGAGAGUAUUAUUCUGGCAAUAUCCUCUGCGUUCAAAGCAGGCCAGGAGCUCGUCACAUGUUCAACUACAUGGGAGACUUCGUCGAAGCAUACAGGAACGACAACUUUUUCGGAUUUUUCUGGUCAAUGACUUACACCCACGACGACGGAUCAAUACCAGGACUGAUAGAUGAGAAACUAACCAGGAUCUUCAGAAGGAUCCGCCGCUCUGGAUCUUAUAACAACACGUUUAUUUUCUUCUUCAGCGAUCACGGGAUAGGGUACGGGGAAAUGCGAUUGCACAAGGACGCGUAUUACCAGGAUAGGUUGCCAAUGUUGUUCAUCUGGACUCCUCCUGACUUCCAAGACCAACAUUGGGAACAGUUUCUGAACUUAACGACGAAUCAAUAUCGUUUGACGACUCCCUACGACUUGCACGAGACUCUUCUGGACAUAAUAAAGCUGCCAAACUCGUGUCCGGAAUGCAAGAAUUCUUUAUUCAAUGAGAUACCUGAGAAUCGGACUUGUUCAGAUACUGGUAUGGACGAGAAAUGGUGUGCGUGCCACAAUAUGAUUGACGCAAGAAACGAUCCAGCAGGGAAUAAAACCGUCGACUUAAUGCUUUCCUUUCUACACACAAAAGCUAUGUCUGUGAAGACUGCAAACUGCACGAGAUGCUCAAAGGUGAGGCUAAACUCUGUCCUUAGGAUCCAUUCAUACAAGCAUCAGGGUAGAACGUUUUAUGUAACAGCAUUGUUACUGAAACCAGAUGACGUGGCGUUCGAGGCCGUGAUAGAAAAGUCAGGAGAUGACUUCAAAAUUGCAUCGGAAAUAGAAAGAAUUACUUCGUAUGAUCCAACAGCGUAUUGUGUUGUAAACAAAGCAGACAAGCCAUAUUGUGUGUGUAGGAAAAGAGUAAAAUGUAAAAAGAAAAAAGGAACACGGAGAUGAUCUCAUGAAUGAUGGUGAUGAUGAUGCACCACCAUAUCUAUAUUGCAUCUACCUACAAAAUGUAAAA